AUGAAGUUCUUACCGCUCCCUGAAUUUGAGGAUAUCACGAGUUCCUUGAAUUUCGAUACCGCAGACUGCCACAUCACCGGAGGUUGCGACCUGUACACCACCAAGGCCGCCCGGUCCGACCGGAAACUGUACAAUCACAUCGAACAGUCGUUGGAGGCUCAAUACGAAUCCAUCCUUCGCCUGUCGGCUUCUUUGUCUCCACCCAAUGCCCAUGAUGCCGCCGAGACACUGAACCUGUCGCGAUCAAGCCCGUUCGGCCCUCUGAGCGAGCACUCCAGCCGCCGUACGUUUGCCUACCUCAUCGCCACGCUCAACGCGAGCCAUUCAGACUACGACUUCUCGCACGUGCUAAGACCUACGGAUUUUCGACGGGAGCGCCACCUCAAACGCGUGAUGAACACAGUCAACUCCACAUUGUUCAAUCUUCGCCCUCGAGAGUCAAUAGACAUGUCUCCUUCAUCACCGGGUACUCUUCCGGGCUCGUACAACUCCGGCUCGACCACGUGGGGCUCUCGGAUGUGGCAGAGUAUCGAUGAGCACAUGUCACUGAAAGAGUGCGCCCUCUACUCGUACUCUCCCGAAGAAGACCCUUCUGAUGCCGAUGAUGGUGCGAUUUGGAGCUUGCACUAUUUCUUCUUCAAUCCGCUACGUAAGCGAGUCUGCUAUCUCUACCUUCGUGCGAUCCCAAUCUUGAGCCACACGCCUCCCGAAGAUAACGAACUCAUCUCAACUUCGAUCGGCAAGCGCACGUUCGACGAUGGGUACCUGACCCCAGAUCUGAGCUCCAGCAAGCGAGCCCGGUACUGGUUUGGAGCCCAUACAGAGUCAUCGCUGCAUCGCGCUGAAAACCUGGAAGAUGACGAUCAAUAUAUCCACAGUGACGAGGAAAAUCAUUCCCGUCGGGGAAGCAGGGGUAUGGUGCGGGCGAUGAGUGAAGAGCUCGUGGAGAUGAUGGAAAUUUGA